AUGGGAAUCCUGGCUUUGCCCUUAGUCAUCUCCCUUCUCAAACCCCACGCCACAACUCGCCUCCGCCCCUCCCACUCCCUUUUCCUCCGCCGCCGCCACUUUGCCACGACCUUCUCCGCCACCACUACUCCUCAUUCUCAUUCUCAUUCUCCUUCACCUUCACAUUCUCUGUCACGCCACUCUUCUACUUCAACUCAAUCCGACAAUCGUUCCGUUAACUCCUCAACCCUCACCUUCCAGCAAGCCAUUCAGCGCCUUCAGGAAUAUUGGGCUUCUGUUGGGUGUUCUAUAAUGCAAUGUAGCAACACAGAGGUUGGAGCUGGGACUAUGAAUCCUCUUACAUAUUUAAGGGUUCUUGGCCCUGAACCAUGGAAUGUUGCGUAUGUGGAACCUAGCAUCCGCCCUGAUGAUAGUCGAUAUGGAGAAAACCCAAAUAGGCUCCAGAGACAUACUCAAUUUCAGGUGAUACUGAAGCCGGAUCCUGGAAAUUCUCAGGAUCUAUUUAUCCGCAGCCUCUCUGCUUUAGGUAUUGAUGUUACUGCACAUGAUAUACGAUUUGUGGAAGAUAACUGGGAGAGUCCGGUUCUUGGUGCUUGGGGUUUGGGCUGGGAAAUUUGGAUGGAUGGGAUGGAGAUUACGCAAUUCACUUACUUUCAGCAGGCUGGAAGUCUCCAGUUAUCACCUGUAUCUGUAGAAAUUACUUAUGGCCUUGAGCGUAUCCUCAUGUUACUGCAGGGGGUUGAUCACUUCAAGAAGAUAAAAUAUUCUGAUGGAAUUACAUAUGGAGAGUUGUUCUUGGAGAAUGAGAAGGAAAUGAGUGCAUAUUACUUGGAGCACGCUAGUUUUGAUCACGUUCAAAAACAUUUUGAUUUCUUUGAGGAGGAAGCUCGUAGCUUACUUGCUUCUGGCCUUACAAUCCCUGCGUAUGAUCAGCUUCUGAAAACAUCUCAUGCUUUUAAUAUCUUAGACUCCAGAGGCUUUGUUGGUGUAACAGAGCGUGCUCGUUAUUUUGGUCGCAUGCGUAGGGAUCAAGUCUUGGCUCAUCAGCUUGAAGUUUGUCAUAUUCCCAUUCUGGAUCAGUGGGCUGAUGCUUUUACCAAGCCUCUCUCUCCUACUCGCUUCCAGCUUCUUCGGUCCAAACUCAGUUUGGGUUUAGCUCGCCAGUGUGCUCAACUUUGGUUGAAGACAAGAGAGAUGCUUGGCUUUCCCCUUGGUUUUAUCUCUGAACCUGAUCAUUUUGUAUUGCCAAAAGGAAUUUUGGAAGCUGCAUGUGCGAAGGAUCAUUUUUUGCUUUGGUCCUUCACCUUGAAUUCUAAGCUUAUAGGGUCCGAAGGGGCAAUUGGCAUGAGUUCUUUGUCAGAUAUUGUUAGGUAUGUGAUUGAGCUUAGUGUCGGGGAGGGUGAUAUGGUGCAUGAUCAUUCAAGAGCAUUUGUUCUUGAAAUUGGGACUGAAGAGAUGCCGCCUCAAGAUGUCAUUGAUGCCAGUAAUCAACUGAAAGACUUAAUGAUGCAACUACUUGAACGGCAAAGGUUAAACCAUGGUGCAGUUCAAGCAUUUGGCACCCCACGGAGAUUAGUGGUUGCUGUUGAGAAUCUAUACGCAAAACAGGCUGAAAAGGAGGUUGAAGUUCGAGGUCCUCCAGUUUCAAAAGCAUUUGAUCAUGAAGGAAAUCCAACAAAGGCCAUUGAGGGUUUUUCUCGUAGAUACUCUGUUCCACUGGACUUGGUAUACAGAAAGGUUGAUGGUGCGUAUUCAGAAGCAGAAAGACUUGUUGAGCUCAGUCCUUCAAUAGGUACUUCAAUUCAGUUUCCUGAUGUUGCAGGGAAAACAGAAUAUGUUUAUGCACGAAUAAAGGAGUCUUCAAGACAUGCUUUGGAGGUCUUGUCUGAAGAUUUGCCUGCUACCAUUGCCAAAAUUUCAUUUCCAAAGACAAUGCGUUGGAAUUCUCAGGUGAUGUUUAGCAGGCCUAUUCGAUGGAUUUUAGCCUUGCAUGGAGAUGUAGUAGUCCCAUUUAUGUUUGCUGGGGUGACAAGUGGAAACUUGUCUUGUGGUCUUCGUAAUACUUCUUCAGCUGUUGUCCAGGUGGAAAGUGCAGAAUCUUAUUCAGUUACAAUGAAAAAUGUGGGAAUCGAUGUUUCAGUCGAGGACCGUAAGAAAAUUAUUUUUGAGCAAUCAAAUGCAUUGGCAAAAAGUGUAAAUGGUCAAAUUCUUAUACCAAAAGGUUUGCUUGAUGAGGUUGUAAAUCUUGUUGAGGCACCUUUUCCCGUGCUUGGAAAGUUUAAAGAAACCUUCUUAGAUCUUCCGAAAGAUCUUUUGACCAUGGUAAUGCAAAAGCAUCAAAAGUAUUUUGCUGUAUGCGAUGCAAAUGGACAGUUAUUGCCUUAUUUCAUUGCUGGAUUUUCUCAGGUUGCAAAUGGAUCAAUUGAUGAGACUACGGUAAGGAAAGGAAAUGAAGCUGUGCUCAGGGCUCGCUAUGAAGAUGCGAAAUUCUUUUAUGAGAUGGACACUCGUAAAAAGUUUUCAGAAUUUCGAAAGCAACUUAAAAACAUUCUCUUUCACGAGAAGCUUGGGACCAUGCUUGAUAAGAUGACUCGUGUUGAAAACAUGCUUACCGAACUAAGUUGCAUCCUAGAUAUCAAUGGAGAUGUUCAACAAAUUAUCCGAGAUGCUGCCUCACUUGCAAUGUCUGAUCUUUCCACUGCAGUUGUCACUGAAUUUACCUCACUUUCGGGAAUCAUGGGGCGUCACUAUGCCCUUAGAAACGGAUACUCUGAGCAGAUUGCAGAGGCAUUGUUUGAGAUCACGCUUCCUAGAUUUUCUGGGGACUUGCUUCCUGAAAGUGAUGCUGGCACAGUUUUGGCAAUUGCUGAUAGAUUAGAUAGCCUGGUAGGUUUAUUUACUGCUGGUUGUCAACCGAGUUCCACAAAUGAUCCGUUUGGUCUGCGAAGAAUCUCAUAUGGUCUUGUGCAACUAUUUGUGGAAAAGAAUAAAACUCUAGAUUUUAAAAAGGCCCUGGAACUUGCUGCAGAAGUCCAGCCCAUUAAAGUAGAUUCUCAUGUAAUUGAUGAUGUACAUCAAUUUGUUACUCGAAGAUUAGAGCAAUUUCUGGUUGACAAGGGGGUGCGUGCAGAAUUUGUUCGGUCAAUCCUUGUAGAAAGAGCAAAUCUUCCUUGUCUGGCAGCAAAAUCAGCAUACAAAAUGGAAGAAUUGUCAAGAGGGAAACUUUUUCCCAAAGUUGUUGAAGCAUACUCCCGGCCAACUAGAAUUGUCCGUGGGAAGGAAGAUGAACUCCAGACGGAGGUGGAUGAGGCUGCUUUUGUGACAGAUGAAGAGCGCGUUUUAUGGAACACGUUUUUGUCUGUUAAAAAGAGUAUCAAUCCUGGUCUUGACAUAGAUGAUUUUGUAGAAACUUCAUGUCAGUUAAUACAGCCACUUGAGGAUUUCUUUAAUAAUGUCUUUGUAAUGGUGGACGAUGACAAGAUCAGAGUAAACAGGUUAACCCUGUUAAAAGGAAUUGCUGACCUCCCUAAAGGAAUAGCAGACCUUACUGUUCUACCAGGAUUUUAA